UCGGUAAAUUACUGUGCUAGAAAGGUCUUAAUAAUAUUAGGUACAGAUUUGAAAUGUACCAAAGAAUUGAAACACUCUGUAAGUUUGUUCGGAGUAAGAGUAGCGUAGUGGGGUAGCGUGCCGCGAGAGGGUGCCGCGCGAGGCAGGUCAGGGCUGGGGCUCAGUACGUUUGCGUACGCCGUGUCGUUCGCAUCGUGUUACGUUCCUCCGCGAUUCUUCGCUCGCUAACUACUCCAUUUCUCUAUGUAUCGAGCCCUUCUCUGUGAAAUCAACUGAACCACACUAAAGACCAUCGACGUAUGAUAAUCAAGUGUGUGCAUUAUUCGUGAUGGUGCAACGAUUCGCUUACAUAAUUGUUGGCGUGCAUUAAGCCAGAGAGUUGCAUAUACGCGCGUGACACAAGUGAGAGUGAAUGCACUGCACCUUUUCGCUGCUCUUCUCCCACUAUACACGACAGUUUUUUUCUUCACAUCUUCUUCCCGCUUCGGUCUGGCAUCAUAUACAUAUAUGUAUAUAUGCAGAUUUAUUUUCUAUUUAUUUUCAAUUGCUUAAAGAAAAUGAGAGCAUUCAAAAGCGCAGACAGAGCAACGAUCAUGGCAUUGCACGGGGAAAACGUAGUAAUGAUUUUGUUUAUAUUUUUUGUAUUUGCUGACCCCAUCAACGAUUAUGCUGGGACGUAUCAGGUGGAGUACGCAGCAGUCAGAGCCACAGAACUCACAGCCAGCAACAACAGAUCAACAAGAACCACAGAAUCAAACGGAGAGUCAGAAAAUAGAACAAGAAUUUACCAAAAUGACAGAUCAACGGGAGCAGCAACCCCAGCCACAACAGCAGCAACAGCAGCAACAACAACAAACCAAAGGCAAUGAAGAACCAAGAACGAAUUUGAUCAUCAAUUAUCUUCCACAGAGUAUGACAGAGAAAGAUCUUUAUAGUUUGUUUGUAACUAUCGGACCUGUGGAAUCUUGUCGUGUUAUGAAAGAUUAUAAAACAGGAUAUAGUUACGGGUUCGGCUUUGUUAAUUAUGCGAAAGCAGAAGAUGCAGCCACUGCUAUAAGUACUUUAAAUGGACUCCAAGUCCAGAAUAAAAGGCUAAAAGUGUCUUUUGCACGGCCAUCUGGUGAGGAGAUCAAAGAAACUAAUCUUUAUGUAACAAAUUUGCCAAGAAAUAUAACUGAAAGUCAAAUUGAUGAUAUAUUUAGCAAAUACGGAAAUAUCGUGCAAAAGAACAUUUUAAAAGAUAAGCUCACUGGAUUACCAAGGGGUGUAGCAUUCGUGAGAUUUGACAAGCGGGAAGAAGCACAAGAAGCAAUCGCACGACUACACGGUACGAUACCAGAAGGUGGAUCAGAGCCACUUAGCGUAAAAAUCGCGGAGGAACACGGAAAGCAGAAAGCGGCAUACUACGCUGGAUGGCAGGCUGGUUAUAACCAAAGUCGAGGUGCUGGAGGCGGCCUGGGAGGUGGAGGAAGGGGCAGGGGAAUUGGUGGACCACCAGGAAUGGGCAUGGGUAUCAGUGGAGGUGGGCCAGGAAUGUUAGGAAGAGCGGGAGGUGGUUUCGGGCCGCGUGGCGGGCCACACAGCAGUUUCCUCGGCGGAAGUGGCGGCCCUGGCGCCAUGAGGAUGGAGAAGAUACACCCACAUCGCUUCAAUCCUAUCGGUAUGGGCGGCGGCUACGUGCAGUCCCACUUCUGGUGACCUAGCGUCGUCGAUGACCUGGCUCGCAAGACAGCACCGACUAUGUAUCUUUCUUCGUCCGACCGGAGACCAAGCAGCGACGACCGUUGUUGUUCGUAACUCUGCCGAAUAAGCAUACGUUACCCUCGAGCGAUCGUGAAAUCAAGGAGACACCAUGAAGACGCAACCAGGAUCGAUAAAAGGCUGCUUCGAUUAAACAGUAUAGAGACAAAAAGACACACAGGGUAUAACUUGAGCAGCCUAGCGUCCUUAUACUACGACUUCCCUCAUAUGUCUCCAACGACGUUCAGCUCGAGAUGCUUGAGGACUGACUGAUCAAGGAUGUGUAAAUUAUUACGCAUAGUAUUUAAUGUUUCUACGUGCCUGUACCAAAGCUCAGAACACCUAGUAUUGUACAUCCGGCGAUGGGUGUUCAGUCGUUAGACUUUGUUAAAAGAACGUCUCUCGAGGUCUUGCAUAUCGCCGAAGAUGUUGUCUUGAACGCUUCGAAACUGUGUGUCCAUUCGAAGCCCUCCAAAUAACGUAAAUAAGUAACGUAACAUAAUCAUGAGUGUUUAACGAGGUUAAAGAUCGUAAUUGUUGCAUUGUGUCGCCAUCAGUUUCUGCUAAUUAUUUUGUUUCGAGGUAUUCAAGAGUCGCUAGAAGGAAUAGCGCGAACAUUUCGGAACGAUAUAUAUCAGAAAGAACGUUUGAUGACGAUAGGAGGAGAGUAUGAUGCUGGACCCAUCGCUAUUUCUACGUCGCUUUUUAUCGUUAAUAUCUUAUCCCUCUUUUCCGUAUCUAGCUUUAAUAUCUUCGUUCCAUUGUGCGUUUAAAUUAAUUGGCGUUCAUUACCGCCGACAAAAUAAUGAUCCUCGAAUGUUUUAUUGCGUUAAGGUACAAAGGGAAAGCUAAAAAAAAUGAAAGAAAGAACAAACAGGAAAAAGAACGUUUGUUCUUGAACGGUAACAAAGUUACGCUGUGCUAAAUUAGCUCUGUUAUCGCACCUCUGAGACCGUUGAUAGACGAAUUCUCGUGAGAUUCUAUCUUUCUUGCAUUCGAAACGCGAACGCGAUGCGAACAACCCUUUUAUCCUGACUAACAUUUAAGGAGAUUGUUGUGAGGUAUACUGCAGGCUAAAAUCCAAGAUGUUUUCAAUAACGGACAGCAAACUGAACUGGUACUCGAUACUUUGAAACUGUUCAUAUCAACUGUUUCAAUUGCAAAUAGUCUUGCAAUGAUUGUUUCAAUUAAGUUCUACCUAAUCUUACAACUUUUACUCGAGUCCUGUAAACAUAUAUUUUAAUGAAUAGACUACGAAUAUUCAGGCAUUUAUGGAAAAUUUAUGAAUGCAAAGAUACACAUAAUAGGCGAAAGUAUAUAAAAUGUCAAGAGUAGUACUCAAAUGAAAUUUCUGUGUAGAAUCCAUUUCAUAAAAAUUUGCAUAAAUAUUCGUAGUCUAUUAAUGAAUUCUUACCUUGCUUAACACUUAAUCAAUCGCACGCGCCACAGCGAGCUAUACGUUUCUCACCGUAAUGGACAAGCCAACCUAUACGCUGUCUAUCGCGCAUUUUUCCAAAUAACGUGGACUAUUAUUCACUACUUGAAAAACAAAGAAGUCUAAAAAUUAUUUAAGUGGUCAAUUAUAUUUUACGGUAAUGAUUUUGUUUAAUGAUUUCACAUAUUGUUUAUAUAAAACAUCAAAUUAAGAGUACAUAUUGAAAGUAUAAAAAGAUAUAGGUAAAAUUAAAAACAUUAAAGAUGACUGAAGAUAAAUAACACGACUUGAACGUGAAAUUAAAAAUUCAUAAUGUAUCUUAAUAUUUUUUUAUAGUAUGGUAUCAUUCGAUUAUAACUUUAUCUAGUCAUAACUGGUAGCGUAACUUUUUAAUUAAUUUUAACACUACUAAAUUGGUGUAUUUUAUUGUAUACUGUACUUUAUAAAAGCAGAAAAAGUGGCGCAAUUAAUUGAGAACAAUUCCAGGUAAACAAUAAUUGAUCACAACAAAAAGAAAAAAGAAAACACGUUAUUAAGGUCAAAAUGAGAAAGCUCCCCAUUCGGUUAUGCAGCGACGUAUUUUAAAAUGGGGAGAUCUCCCUAUUCGGUUGGCUAAGUGUUAAGCUAACAAACAUAGAUGAUCAAGUACCUGUUGAUUAUUUUGCUGUAAUCCUAAUCAAGUACCUGCCAUUAAACUGAAUCUUUGCAAGUUUGUUAACAAGUCAGAUAAUUCUUGUAUUUUUGGCCAGCAGAGUGCCUCUUAUUGUAGUUCAAUUUGAAUAAGGAUAUACGAUACUCGUAAAACAGUGUUUCUCUUAGCUUUGAUCAGCUUCACGAUCGCUCGAGUGCUAUGAAAGCCAGCAAGAGGCUGGCUAAACCAGAAGCCUCCUUUUUCCUUGAUAGUUGAACGUUUUAAUACUUUUAAAUGAGGAGGAAACGGGAGGCACGUUGAGGGCAGAAGCUAAGAGUUCUACGUGUUGUUGUACAUUUUUUUUUUAAUGGUUCUAACUCUUGAAACUUUAUCGAAAGUUUAACGUUAAGAAAAAGAGUUUUUAUCGGAGUCAGCGUAUAAGGAAACUGUGUUUCCUACGCUCCGAAUGGCAUUGGACCACGGUGGUUGCGAAAUAACUUUGUUGAACGAAGCCUUUUAGUUUCAUUUUCCUCCUAGAACUCCGGCAAAAUAUUGAAAAACAGCUUAGCUUAUUUUUGUAUGAUUAAGAAUAUGAUCCGUAGAUCGUCAUUCUUAUACGUAGAUCGUUAUAUUUAAAAAGUUCCAAAAAAAAAAAAAAAAGAAAAAGGAAACGAAGAAAGAAAAUGCAAAGCACCACCGUUGUCCACAGUAUCGCCGCAAAUUGUACAUAACUUGUAAUUGAAAUUACGUCAUUAUCACGGCACGUCGUAGACAAAAAUGAGACUGACUUUUUAUAGGUGACAAAUUUUACGCGAACAAUUUUAAACAUUGAAAUUGCCUUAUUAUUAUCAUCGCAAAAUAAUCGCUAAAUCUUUCUUUUUUUUCUUCUACGUUCUUAUUUCUCAUUUCUUCUUCUUCCUCUUUGUUUUAUUUUUUUUUUCUUUUAAAUUAAUCGCAGCAAAGAAACGGAGCUAAUCCGUUUAUAGUUGCAACUGCAUUCACCGCGGGCAUAACAGACAUUGCACUUUAUAUUAUUCGAUGACGAACAUGUAAUCUCUUUAAAAAAAAAAAAAGGGAAAGAUUGCUAUCACGUUACAUAGGAAAUUGUUUUACUUUACCGACGGAAUCAUUAGAAUUUCCGUAAUCGCUAAUGUCAUUUUGUUAACAACAUUCAUACGAUCACAUACUCUCUUUCUCUCUCAGUCUUUCUCUCUCUCUCUCUCUCUCUCUCUCUCUCUCUCUCUUUAAUUGGUAGUUAUAUAAGAAAUAAUUAUUUAAGACGAAAUAAAAUGUCUGUAAAAAAAGAAAUAUGGAGAGCUCUGCUGGUUGUGUGUUUGUUGAUAGAGGACGAGAAAAAAAAACGGUCAGCAGAUUGUUCAGAAUGCAUGAUUAUUUAUUGUGGUCGCCUAAAGCCACGACUUACCACUUUUUUUCUCGUUUUUCUUUUUUUUUUAUUUCUACACCCAUGUACAAAGAACAAUGAAAAAAAAGUUCAGUAAUUGUUAACGACGUGAAUGAAGAGAAGAAAAAAUGUUCACUGA